AUGAGCUACGACAAUCUGAAAAAGUCGAUUGAAUUCAAUGGCAAGCAGUACAGUUACUACUCGUUGAAGGACUUGAAUGAUCCCAGAUAUGGUAAGUAGGCAUAUGAGGUUUUUGUUAGUAAUGUUGGCAUAGUUAUAUAAAGGAAAGAGAUUUGUUUGAGGACUAAAAUUAGUUUUUUAUCAUUGUAAAAUACGGGAGAUUGAUUUUUGGUAAUUUUUAGAAAAACUGCCAAUUUCGAUCAAAUACCUGUUGGAAGCGGCUGUAAGGUGUUGUGACGGAUUCCAUGUGAACCAAUCUGAUGUUGAAACAAUCUUGGAUUGGGAACACAGCCAAAAGAAUGGCGUUGAGAUCCCAUUCAGACCAGCUCGGGUUCUUCUACAGGAUUUUACGUAAGGUUUUCUUGAAAAAAUACAUAUUAUUGAUAGGUGUAAAGCAAUUUUUAGGUAGUAAUAGUAAAAACAGUUAUUUUAAAAAUUGUACCAAAAAAAAUUUGGUCAUGGUAAAAUUUUUUUGAAGGUGGAUUAAAUUUUUUUUUGAAGAUGGGGUUAAAAAUGAAAUUUUAAGUUUAAAAAAGUAUAUGUUCAGUGGAGUACCAGCUGUGGUUGAUCUAGCUGCCAUGAGAGAUGCUGUGAAGGAUUUGGGAGGAAAUCCAGAAGUUAUCAACCCAAUCUGCCCAGUCGAUUUGGUUAUCGACCAUUCUGUUCAGGUCGAUAGUUAUGGAAAGUAAGUCAUUUUUAAUAUUACUUGGAACUGUCUAUGUUUCAAAUAGUUUGAGGAUUUAAACUUAAAAAAUUUUGAACUUUUAAAAUACAAUCUACUUUUAAAAUUGUAAAAAAAAUAUUUUAGCCUAGAAGCCCUGAAGAAGAACCAAGACAUGGAAUUCGAGCGUAACAAGGAGCGUUUCAACUUCUUGAAAUGGGGAGCUAAUGCCUUCAGAAACUUUAGAAUCGUUCCUCCUGGCUCUGGUAUUGUACAUCAAGUAAACUUGGAGUACUUGAGUCAUACUGUUUUCUUCGACGAUGAGAAUAACCUGUUGUACCCUGACUCUGUUGUUGGAACCGAUUCUCACACGGUAAGGCGGUUUGGAAAGAAAGUUUUUGCGUUUUUAAGGUUUGGAAAGAAAGUUUUUGUCGUUCUUUGUGUUGGAAAGAACGUUUUUGCUAUUGUUCCUCCUUGAACAAAAUUUAUUAUUUUUCUUGGCUGUAAACAAAGUUAUUGCUAUUUUCAGACCAUGAUUGAUGGAUCAGGAGUCUUAGGCUGGGGCGUGGGUGGAAUCGAAGCCGAAGCCGUAAUGUUGGGCCAAGCCAUCUCCAUGGUCAUUCCACAAGUUGUUGGAUACAAAUUGACCGGUCGGUUACCAGACACUGCCACUAGUACCGACUUGGUACUCACGAUAACUCAGAAUUUGCGAAAACUUGGAGUGGUCGGUAAAUUUGUCGAAUUCUUCGGUCCAGGUGUAUCCUCGCUGAGCAUUGCUGACCGUGCCACAAUUGGCAACAUGUGUCCGGAAUACGGUGCUACAGUAGGAUUCUUCCCGGUCGAUAAGAGGACGGUACAAUACUUGAGUCAAACUGGUCGAGACCCGGAAAGACUGAAGGUUUUGGAGGAGUAUUUGAAGUUGACUGGUCUCUAUGUUAACUUUGAGGAUCAAGGGUUCAGUCCUAACUAUACUGAGGUAAUUUUUUAUUUCUAGGUAACAAUUUUUGUUACAGUAUGUGUUUUGCGACAUUAAAAUUAUUUUUUUUGGGCUAAAUAUUAAGGUUAAACUUUUAAAAGUCAUCAAUAUUGUUAUAGGUAAUCGAGCUCGACCUCUCAACAAUUACUCCAUGCCUCUCAGGACCAAAAAGACCACAUGAUCGUGUAGCUCUAACCACACUAAAACAAGACUUUGUCAAUGGACUAACCGAGAAAGUGUCAUUCAAAGGAUUUGGACUGGCGAAGGAAGCUGUUUCUAAGUCGGUUACUGUAACAUUAAACGGUGAAAAUCACGAAAUUCGUCACGGUAGCGUAGUUAUCAGUGCCAUUACUUCUUGCACCAACACUUCCAAUCCUUCCGUUAUGCUGGGAGCAGGAUUACUGGCUCGGAAUGCGGUGAAACUUGGUCUGAAAGUCCCUGGAUACGUGAAAACUUCGCUGAGUCCAGGCAGUGGAGUGGUAACAAAAUACCUUCAAGACAGUAACCUACUACAAUAUCUGGAGCAGUUAGGAUAUUACAUUGCUGGAUAUGGCUGUAUGACAUGCAUUGGCAACUCAGGACCAUUACAAGAUGAAUUGGCACAAGCCAUCGAUGGCAACGAUCUUGUAGUAGCCGGCGUUUUGAGUGGAAACAGAAACUUUGAAGGUAGAAUCCACCCUAAUGUCAGAGCCAACUAUCUGGCUAGUCCACCGCUAGUAGUGGCUUAUGGUCUGGCGGGUCGAGUGGAUAUUGAUUUUGAAACAGAACCAUUGGGACAAGGCAAGAAUGGUCCAGUUUUCUUAAGAGACGUCUGGCCAAGUCAUGCUGAAGUGGCAGAAUUUGAAGAGAAUUAUGUUAAACCACAGUUCUUCAAGGAGGUUUAUGUUAAUAUCCAAAAGGGAAGUGAACAAUGGCAAGCUUUAACUUGUGCCAAGACUUCUUUGUACCCAUGGGAUGAGAAGUCAACCUAUAUUAAGAAGGUUCCGUUCUUUGAUGGCAUGGUAAGGGGUUUUUAUAUAUUUUUUUUUAUUUCGAAGAUGUUAUGAAUCCUUAAACUUCAAUAGCCUUUUCCAGACCGUCGCUCUCCCCCCCCAAAACAGGAAAUUCAAAAAGCCCAUGCCCUUCUGA